GCCGUGGUCAGAGGAUUUCCGGCGCGUGAUCGGAUCCUAGAAAUGCUACCAUAAUUCGUUCGUUCGGCUAGGACAACGCAGUACUGCCGUAAUCCUUGCCGUUGAGUGACGCGCUUCUAGAAGCGGGCCCGUGUGAUAUCGUUCCGUGGUGCUUCGUUAAACGUAUAAAGUGUUCAAGCUCGGCGAUAGAUAGAAAAAAAAAGAAACAUCGAGUAGAGAAUCACGAAAAAAUGGUGUGCCGGCACCGACGGUUCCUUUUUGUUGUCGCUCUUCUGUCACACUUGUGCCGAGACUCAACAGCGACAAGUAACAUUUACAGUAUUAAAGAAGGCAGUGAUUUUCCGUUCGAAUGCACUGCCAACGCGGACAUUUUUUUCACUUAUCCCACUAACCGAACACAUGCUUCUGACACAGUCUUUUCUUACACAUCGCCCAUCGAGAUAAGCAAAAACCAAUAUGAAAACGGCACCUACCGGUACAAGUUUUAUCGAUCGAAUUCGGUGUUUGGGGACACUGGCUGGUACGGUUGCACAUAUCAUCCCAUUCUGACCACCGAACGUAAUUUAUCCGACACUACGAUCGAAUGGUUUUAUCUCUAUGUCGAGGCUAGAACAGUUCGGUUCGUGGAACAAGCAAAGUCACAUAUUUUAGUGGCAACCGUAGGCGAAAACAUUGUCAUACCGUGUAGACCAACGUCGCCGAAAGCGGAAGUCAAGCUUAGAAAGCACGACGAAAAUGGCAACGACGAGGUAGUCCCACCACAUACUUUCGAUGCAACAUUUGGAUUUACACUGUACAAAGUCGACAAGCCUCAAGGUGGGUUGUACGUAUGCACCAUUGAUCCUGAUCAAGAGGUCUCUUAUAAAGUGGUUGUAACGGAUUUAUUGGAGAAUAAAAUUCCCGAACCAAGAAUUAUCAAUAGCAGUGGUUUGCUGUUCCUAAGCAAAGGCGAGUCUCUAUACCUGAAGUGUGCCAUAAUUAUUCCGAAGAACGAAGAUUACCGCGUUUUUUGGAUUCCAACGCAACAAAGCGACAGAGUGACUACCUGGAGCGACGUUCGGCCUAUAGAAAAUACAAUCGUUGAGAGAUUGGCCUUAUUGAAGGUCACAAACGUGACCUACAACGACGAAGGUAUUUACGAGUGCAGGGUGAAGGAGGGGAUAUAUGAGAAAAAUUCGCGGACAUAUGUCCAGGUGCAUGAGUCGUUCUAUCCAUUCAUGAACCUGAAAGCUCGAGAUUCUAACAGAUAUUAUACACGUCAUGAGGGUGAUGAAGUGGAGUGGAUUGUCGACGUAAAGGCGUAUCCUUUGCCUGAACUGAAAUGGUUUCAUACGAACAUCGACGAAGUCACGAAAAGCCUGUUGCCACACGGGAAAUCCAGAUUUUUAAUCGACAAUGCAUGCUGCAAGUCGAAAUUGAGAAUCAACCGUUUGAAUUUAAAUGACAUGGGAACGUAUUCCAUCGAGGUCAGCAAUCAAUAUAAAAAGGAAACAUUGAACUUUACGUUGGACGUAAUAGCUUGGCCAAAAGUGUACAUGAGCAAACCGAUCUCGAAUUAUUUCCAUAAUCAGGUUACGAAUGUAGAAUGCCAUGUGAAAGCAUUCCCGAAGCCGAAUAUUGUUUGGAGUUACCAAAAGUGCCCAAAUUAUCCUUCUUGCGACAAUGGUACCCUCGAGUAUUUAAGCAACUCCCGGGAAAGCGGGACCGUGACUCAUCUGCUCUCUACAGUAUCAGCGACCCUUGACAUGUUCGGUGGGCUUACCUGCAGCGCGUGCAAUGUUGUUGGCUGCAGAAAUGUCACCGAAUAUGUGACUUUUUUCGACAAAUGGGAUUUCGGUGUCAUGCUCACGAAGGACUCCGCGGCAGAGGGUGACGACUGGGAGCUUACCUGCGCUGCUUCUGUUCAAUAUUAUUUGGACGUCUUCGAUUGGAGCAACGAAAGUGGUCCAAUUGUACAAUCCGACAAAAUCUCUAUCAGUCGAGGGAGGACGCAAUCCACGUAUAGGUCAAUUUUGAAAAUACGGAAGGUAAAAAUAGAGGACUCGCAGGAAUAUAUUUGUACAGGAAAGUCCAGGGGUAAUUGGAUUCGGACUGCAGGAUAUCGUUUGGAAGUGAAGGCUGCACGAGCGCCCAUUAUUAUCGAUACCAAUUUGUUAAAAAACGAGAUGAUCAUUGAUGUUACCACACCAGGUCGUAAGAUGAUAGAUUUUCACUGUUUUGCGGAUGGUGUGCCUAAACCGAGCAUCAGUUGGUUUAAGGACGGUAUAGAGCUGGUAGUUAGUAACGCACUAUACAAGUUUUCGAAUAACUCUCAAAAACUUGAACUGGAAUAUCCAUUGGAAGUGGACAGCGGCGAGUACAUGUGCCGAGCAGAGAAUCGAAUUGGUAAAGUGGAAGUUUUUCAACAAAUAACGAUAAGAGGUUUCGGAAUUGCAAGUAUGAGGAGUCCUGUAGGUCUGAUCAUUUUAAUUGUCGUGUUAGCAGUGGUCGUUCUGAUCCUGGUGAUCUACUUCGCCAAAAUUGAUCGCCGUGAAAAGAGAAUCAGAAAGCAAUUAAUGGAAGCUGGUCCUGUGCACUUGCAGAGGGGAGCUGACAAGAGUUUGAAUCGAAACUUGUAUGUAGACGAUCCAACGGGUCUCGUCCAUCAUUCGUAACAAAUGGUAAUUUCCCGUAGAGUGUACACAACUCUUUCAAAUGGGAAUCCAGCGCACCAUUUUUAUCGUACAAAAACAUUGGGUGCUAAGUCUACCUUCUAUACCUUGUUUGCGUCUUCUGUUACCUCGUGCCUGUAUACCUCGUUUGUGAAAAUAUACGCUAUACUCGAUUUUUA